GUUCAUAUUCCCUUUCGGCUUAGAAUCAAAAUUUUACUUUUCAAUAAAAAUUCAAAAUUCCCAGCAAUGGUCGGUGGUGGUUCACAUAGAGCAGCAAAGCCCAAGUGCAAGGCCAGUGGCAAUGCCAAAAGCCGUUCCAGCAUGGUCAUGCGAUCGGGCGGUAUCUCGGCGAUUGAUUCCACGGCUUUGAAUGCUCAGCGCAUAAAUCAAAAUCCCCGUUAUGCGGCGGGAGCUCUGGCGCUGGGCGGAAGGAUUGCUGGGAACCUGGGAGCUGCAUCGAUGGGAUUCAACACGGGACGUAUCUCCGCCUUGGGUGCGGGCACGCGAACGGGCGCCCAAGCCACGAAGCUGCUAUCGACGGUGUCCUCGACAUCGGGAAAGGCCCAAGAAUCUCAACGAUCGCCGCUUCGCAGGGGAACAAUCUCUGCCCUGUCUGCCCCCCCCUUGUCUGUUGCCAAAAUUCCUACUGCCACGCCGUGCUCUAGUGUCAGUGCACCGAACCUAGUACCCAUCCAUUCGGCCCUCAAGAAGAGCUCGCUGUCUCGCAAGGUGGGCGGUGGCAAGGUCGGCGACUGCAGUGCCAAGCGUAGGGUCAAGUUCUCGGCCAAUGUGCACACUUUCCCCUUGGCACCCACCAAGAAGUCGUCGCGUAUCGGCGAAUUGCAGCUGAAGAAGCGCGUUAAGAAGUUGAAGCGUAAUCGAACUCGCAAGGAGGGCGGCAGUGGCAUCCUCAGCGAAGGCGAAGGCCGCCCUGGCUUUGGUCAGAGCAGCAUCGGCAUCGUAGGAUCGAACGGCAGUCCGGACAUCCACCGUCACGGCACCAUUGUAGAUGUGGAGGCUGUGCCAAGGACUGCCAGGAAGUGUGUUACUGCUGCUGCUUCACGAUCAAGAGCAUAUCCCAUCCCUGUUAAAUCGAGGCUUGCAACUCCUCCAGCGACAGCAACAUUUAAUGCCAGGUAUCCGUGCAGCAGCCUAGCAUUGAGCGUCACUAAGCAGAGCACCAAUCUUGCCAAGGGCCAGACCAAAAGCAAGCCUAGCAGCACGCAGCCAUCGCGUACAGCAACCUCCUCCCGCCUCGGCUACACUCCAGUGGUGGGUGUCAAUCGCAGAAAGACCACUCCGGUGACCAGUACGAAGAGCGGUCUUCGUCGCCUUAACAGCCAUGGAUAAGUCCGAUGCGGGCAAGCAACCGGAGCGCCACAA